AAAAUUAAUAAAGAAUUAACUGUUGAGAACCGAAGGCAGCGGUCGGAGUACACGCAACAAUUUUCUCAGCACCUUUCUCCUCCCAUGAUUUCUUCUACUUCUUCUCAAUUUAACAUAAGACGUGUAAACACCCAUCUCUAGCAAUAUUCCAAAGAAAAGAAAAAAAACUGUGUAUAUACUUUCCUUAUUCUUUUGUAUAAAUUAAAAGAAAAAAAGGAAAAAAAAUGGUAGCUUUGCUCUUCGGCCGGAGACUAAUACCGGUGAGCAUUCCGCGUAAGAGUCUUAUAUCACAUGGUGGCGGGGAGUUGUAUUGGCUCCCAUGGAAUAUGGGAACAGAAGCUUCUUUUGCUAUUUGUAAUUGCCUAAGGCAAUUCAGCAAUUCUACUGCUGCUAGAAAAGUCGAUUUUACAGACCUUACCCAUCCGCAUACAUGGUACCCACAUGCUCGAAAGAAAAGCAGGAAUGUCUUUUUACAUGUGGGCCCAACAAACAGCGGCAAAACAUAUUAUGCCCUAAAACAGCUCGAGUCGAGUUCUUCUGGUGUUUACUGUGGGCCUUUGAGGUUAUUAGCAUGGGAGGUUGCUAAAAGGUUGAACAAGUCAAAAGUUCCUUGUGACCUUAUUACUGGACAAGAGAGGGAGGAAGUUGAUGGUGCAAGACAUAAGGCUGUUACAGUAGAGAUGGCUGAUGUUGCAUCUGACUAUGACUGUGCGAUUAUUGAUGAAAUUCAGAUUCAUGGUGCCAACCUGUUGCUGAUUUUUCUAGCUGGAUCUAUUUUUAGGCUGACCUCAAUGACUAGAGUGUAGCUUUAUAGGGAUUAGCUGAUGCCACUUGCAACUAGUGAUACGAUCUGAGAUAAACAAAGCAGCGGAAUAUGAAAAUAAUAAUAAUUAAAGUAAAACAAAUGAUAGGUUUGAUUAAGAUAAUCAAAAGUAGUCAUAAUAAGGAAAUUUAGAAGAAAAUCUAGAACCCUAAGUGAACGUCUCAAGCAACAAUCUAAAAACUAUCUGAUCGCCUCCCAAGAACGACAAUUAGAACCCUAGAUAUAGAGAAAGGAGAAGAAGAUUACUCUCAAGAACCCAAGUCUUGAAAACAGGUUAUCCAAAGUCGAACUCGAACCAAGAGGUUCCAAAUCUCUCUCAAGAGUUUUUUUAUGUCAAAAAUAUGUUAAAUUCCCAAUGAAAUAACCCUAGGCUGUUAUAAAUACCCAAUGGGUAAAAUAGGAAAAGUUUCAAAGUUAAUGUUAGCGGAAACGUAAAAGAAAGAACACAAGAUUUAACGUGGUUC